AUGGCUGCGUCUGCUGUUUCGCCGGCUUCGAGUCCUAAAAAAAUGCGGUUUGCGUCUCUAAACGAUGAGAACAUUAACAAGUUAAUGACAGAAAAGGAUUCCAUAAACACAAGAAGAGCGACAGACUCGGCUGUAAAAAUGUUUAAGGAAUAUUUAAAAGAAAAGAACGUGGCAGAGGACGUUGAGACUUUGGACAGCACCGAACUUGAUAAACUCCUGGGAAAGUUUUAUUUGGAGGCCCGAAACAAAAACGGGGAAUUGUAUAAAAAGGCGUCUUUGACGGCCUUUCGGCAUGGCCUAAACAGACAUUUUAAAGACCAUGAUAUUGUCAAUGGACAAGAUUUUAAAUCUUCACGGGAGGCCUUUAUUGCCAUGUCGUCCGAACUGAAACGUCAAGGCCUUGGAGGUGUUGACCACCACCCACCAAUUGAAAAAGCCGACUUACAAAAACUGUAUGCCUCGUUUGAUAUAACGGACGCAGCAUCCUUACAACAGAAAGUGUUUGUUGACAUUUUGUUGUAUUUUGGAAGGCGUGGCAGAGAAAAUGCUCGUCAGUUGAAAGUGUCAGAUUUUUCUUGUUCAACUGACAGUGAAGGCCAUGUUUACAUCUAUCAUGAGAAAGAUGAACAGACAAAAAAUCACCGACAUGACACAAAUACUGCUGAUGGACGAAUGUAUGUAGUACCAGAUGCUGAUGAGCGCUGUCCAGUGAAAACUUUUGUACGGUACAAAAGGAUGUUGCCUGUCGGAUAUGAUUGUUUAUUUCCAAAAGUUCGUAAAACACCAAAUAAAGAUGGUUGUUAUUUUGACUUAGUCCCAAUGGGUCACAACAAACUUGGAGGAAUGAUGGCGUAUCUAAGUGAAAAGGCGGAUUUUUAUAACUUUUUACACUUAAACCAGCCCACACCUAAUCCAGCCUACACCUCAACCAGCCCACACCUAAACCAGCACACACCUCAACCAGCCCACACCUCAACCAGCCCACACCUAAACCAGCCCACACCUAAACCAACCCACACCUAA